UGUUAGGACUUUUAAUUUGAAAAGUGGGUUAAUGUAGCGUUUCAAAAAUAAAACAUCACUAUAUACCAAAUAUCAGUGGAGUAAACUAUAUUUAUAUGUCCGAUAUGUAAUACGUAGCAUUAUUAGAGUCAAAUAGUUCAGCUUCUGUCGUUUCAUUAAUUUGCUUUUCCUGUCACAUGACGCGGGGUCGCGAAUGACUUCACGCUCUGUCAUGGCUGCACGAGACAUAAACAUGCCAGUGGUUCUUUAAUUCAGAGUAUUAAACGAGAGAGAUGGUUAAAACCGCUGUCAUAACAGUCCACUUCGCCGUAUGAAACCGGUUACUGUGUUUUCUGCCUGGCAGGUGAAGUGUUAGAUCGCUGUUGUAGUUCAUAGAAAGGGUCCAAUCAUGCAGACUGAAGCCGUGCUGGAGCAUCACAGCGGCUCACAGAGUUCAGGCAGGACGGGCUCCAAAUCCUGGCAGUACAGUGACCUAAUGGAAAAAGUGGAUGGAUAUUUGAUGAAAUACACCAAUCUGGUGACUGGAUGGCAGUAUCGAUAUUUUGUGCUCAACAAUGAGGCUGGUCUGCUAGAAUACUUUGUGAAUGAGCAGUCCAGGAAUCAGAAACCCCGGGGCUCGCUGCCAUUAGGCGGAGCAGUGAUUUCCCCCAGCGAUGAAGAUUCACACACCUUCACUGUCAACGCCAUCAGCGGAGAGCAAUACAAACUCAGAGCCUCAGAUGCAAAGGAGAGACAGCACUGGGUCAGUCGACUGCAGGUCUGUGCACAGCAUCACACAGAAGCCAUGGGCAAGACAAACCCACCGCUGCAGUCUCGCAGUCUCUCCAUGGCGUCUCAGGGCAGUGGCAGCUCUCCAGGAUCUCAACACAGGAUCAGCCAGAACUCAAAUGCUCUGUUGGGCCUGUCCCAGCUGCAGCGCGGCUCCUCUCUCUAUUCCAGCAGGAAGUCACUGCUGCCCGAUCACUUGCUGGAGGCCAGAGAGAUGAUGACCCAGGCCCAGGGCCAGCACAGAGACCUGAUCCAGAGCAUUGAGGGUCUGCCCUCUUCCCAGGGUCCCUCUCCCUUGGACCAAGACCUGCUGCUGCUGAAAGCCACGUCUUUGGCCACCAUGACCUGCCUUAGUGACUGCCUGCAUAUCCUGCAGCUCCAACAAGUCGCCAGGCAGAAAUUUCCUCUCAGUGGCCCUGCCCUCGAGUGGCUGGAGCCGAAGCUUCCCGAUAUCCUGAAGAAUGGAGGGACGCUACCCAGCAUCACCAAAGAUGACGGCAAAACAGAGGGAGCUGUUCUGGAACCUUUAGAAAUGGACUCCUGUGAUAUUGUUUUGGAGCAGGAGGAGAUUGAUGCCACACAGGAGGUGGAUGACUCCUCUCCAUCCGAGGAGGAGGAUCUGGGUGCAGUGGAAGAGGAGCGCAGCGUCAUUCUGCACCUCCUCUCUCAGCUCAAACUGGGCAUGGACCUCACCAGGGUGGUCCUGCCGACUUUCAUCCUGGAGAAGCGCUCUCUUUUGGAAAUGUAUGCAGACUUCAUGUCCCAUCCUGACCUUUUUGUGGCCAUCACUGAUGGCUCCAGCCCGAUGGACCGCAUGGUUCGAUUUGUGGAGUAUUAUCUCACUUCCUUCCAUGAAGGUCGCAAAGGUGCCAUUGCCAAGAAGCCCUACAACCCCAUCAUCGGAGAGACUUUUCACUGCUCUUGGAAUGUGCCCAAAGAGGCAGCAUCUCCGACAGGCAUCCCCAAAGAGGGCUCCUCGUGUGCAUCAGACUGUUAUAAUGUCCGCUUUGUGGCUGAGCAAGUUUCCCAUCAUCCACCUGUGUCAGGCUUCUACGCAGAAUGCCAGGAGAGACAGAUGUGCGUCAACACGCAUGUAUGGACCAAGAGCAAGUUCAUGGGCAUGUCUAUUGGCGUCUCUAUGAUUGGAGAAGGUAAUCUAAACCUACUGGAGCACGGGGAAGAAUACACUUUCAGUCUGCCCUCUGCCUAUGCCCGCUCGAUCCUCACUGUGCCCUGGGUGGAGCUAGGAGGAAAGGUCAAUGUCAACUGCGCCAAGACGGGCUACUCUGCAGUCAUUACCUUUCAGACAAAGCCUUUUUAUGGGGGCAAACUCCACAGAGUGAACGCGGAGGUCAAACACAACCCCACCAACGCGGUGGUGUGCCGCGUGCAGGGCGAGUGGAACGGUGUGCUGGAGUUUGCCUACACUAGUGGGGAGACACGCUUCGUAGAUGUUACCAAACUCCCCGUCACUAGAAAAAGAGUACGACCCAAUGAGCUGCAAGGACCCUAUGAGUCCAGGCGACUGUGGCAGCAUGUGACCGAGUCUCUGAAGGAAAGGGAUAUGGAUAAAGCCACCGAACACAAGCGCUUCCUGGAGGAGAGACAGAGGAAAGAGGAGAGGCAUCGCGCUGAGACACAGACACCAUGGAGGACCAAAUACUUUGAGCGCAAAGGUGAAGGCUGGAUGUAUUACCAACCAUUGUGGAAAACAGCAGGUCAGAGCUCUUCCUCAGUCCCCUCUCCACAAAAUCCAUGAUGUCUGACCCGUCAAGAGCUACGUCCAGGCAAUGUAAACCUCUGGUCUCACAGAAGAAGACAUGCGCUCUCCUUUGUAUGAUUCCUGAAACAUUACUUCAGUUUGAGUGUUUCUUACACGCUUUGUGGACUUGCGGGUUUGCACUCUGAUGUUUAUACUUUGCAUCCCUCAAUGGUAAGAUUUCUUUUUUUUUUUUUUUUGUAGUACCUACACCGUCAAUGAUUUCUCCGGUUAUUCUUUGUUGAUGUUGCCUUAACGAGUGUCGUAUGUAACGAGCGCUGAGUGCAGCGUGACGAUUCUUAACGUGCGAUUGUAUUUGAGGUGAACUUCUUAAUCUAACCAUACUGUGGUGUACUGUAUUUUGACCACGGCACGGUCAAAGUUUUCUGAUUCUUUUAAAAUCGUAUACGACUUAUCAUGAUUUAUAUGAUAUCAAAUGAAAUGCGGGAUUGAGGAGGGUGAAGCCUGGUGAAGAUGCGAGCUGGUAAUGCUUAGCGGAGCCAGAUGCAGUUGGAGUCUUGAUGAUAGAGAAACUGUUAUCUUGGCUAUCGUAUUAUUAUGUCUUUUUCGUUUUCGUCGAAGCUUGUUGGAUGAAGUCUAAUGUUCCUAUAAAGGCCUGCUCUUCUGUU